AUGAUGAGCAGUGGUGUUGUACUAGCAGUUGGAUUUCAGUUAUCAGGUGGAGACAGCCAAACGGAUGCACUAAUUUGGUAUAGCUGGCUUGGUGGAGUAAUUAUCGGCACAAUGCUAGGUGCAAACAGUGUCCUAGAGGAACAUUGUAAAGCUGGACCUCGCAAUGUUGUCAUAACGGGAAGCACAAGAGGGUUAGGAAAAGCACUUGCUCGGGAGUUUCUUCUUUCUGGAGAUCAUGUUGUAAUUGCUUCCCGCAGCCCUGAAUCAGUUCUUCAGACCAUCAAUGAGCUUGAAGAGAACAUACAGGAGGGCCUGUCAGUUGCCAAGAAGAAACAAAGAGAAACUUUAUUACAAGCUAAGGUUGUUGGUACAUCUUGUGAUGUAUGCAAACCAGAAGACGUAAAAAAGCUUGUAAAUUUUGCUGUUGGUGAACUGGGUUCAAUUGACAUUUGGAUAAAUAAUGCUGGCACAAACAAAGGUUUUAGGCCACUGGUAAAUUUUUCAGAUGAAGAUAUUACCCAGAUCGUCUCAACAAACCUAGUUGGUUCUUUGCUCUGCACCAGAGAAGCUAUGGAUGUCAUGCAAUACCAAGAGAAGGGAGGUCAUGUAUUCAACAUGGAUGGAGCAGGAUCUGGAGGAUCAAGCACACCGUUGACAGCUGUUUAUGGCUCAACUAAGUGUGGACUAAGGCAGUUCCAAGCAUCGCUUAUGAAGGAAAGCAGAAGAUCAAAAGUUGGAGUGCACACCGCGUCUCCUGGAAUGGUCCUUACAGAUCUCCUUCUAAGUGGUUCAUCUCUCCAAAAUAAACAGAUGUUCAAUAUAAUAUGCGAGCUUCCAGAAACAGUAGCAAGGACAUUGGUCCCAAGAAUGCGAGUUGUGAAAGGAAGUGGAAAGGCAGUAAACUACUUGACACCACCAAGAAUCUUGCUUGCCUUGGUUACUGCAUGGGUUCGCCGAGGCCGAUGGUUUGAUGAAGAGGUAGGGAGAGCAGUAUAUGCAGCCGAGGCUGAUAGAAUUCGCAAUUGGGCUGAAAGUCGAACACGCUUCUCCUUCACAGAUGCCAUGGAGAUGUACACAGAGAAUACAUGGGUUUCUGUUUUCUCACUCUCGGUCGUCUGUGCAUUCAUAAUGCUUUCCAGUUCAGGCGGACCUUUCCCUGGCACAUAA